UGAAGGGAAGUCUCCAUGGAAACCAAUGUCUUUAGGAGGUGGCCGAAGGGGGUUGCAUGUAGUGAAACAGAGCUAGAAGCAUGUCAUGAGGAGCGGCUGCUUCGUGAAGCUAGGAUAAACUUCUAAAACACCUUGACCAAUGCCACUACAUGGAAUUCCCCCAGACCACUUUCAGUACGUGUUUCCUUUGACACUGUCUGCUGUGAAAUGGGCCUCGGCUUCUCGAAGGCUCACCCCAGGGUGAUCAAGGUAGCACCUCUGCAAAACAGGGAGGAAGAGAUUCCCUCAACUGAGCCUGUGGUCUCUGCAGUCAAUCCGAAUCUGGAAGAAAAGGGGUCACGUUUCUUCCCAAGACAGCAGGCCAGGAACAAUGCCUCAGAAUGGCAGCUGCCACCUCUUCGAGAGACUCGCUACGGAACAUACUCUGCAGGUAACUAUGAAGCCCAGCUGUCCAUGGCCAUGUAUUUUGACAUCCCACUGGAACAAGGAGAAACAAGUAUUAUUAAAAGGCACCCGCCUCGAAGACCUCAAAAGCUCGAGCCCAUUGACCUGCCACACACAAUUACUUCUGGAAGAUACCUGAGCCAACAAGAAGAUGAGAGAGCGAAGGGCCUGGAGAAGAAGAUGCAAAUUCCAAUGUAUACUUCUGGGAAAAGACAAUAUUUACAUAAGAUGCAGAUGCUGGAAAUGAACCGUAAAAGACAAGAGGUCCAGAUGGAGUUAAAGAAAAGGGAGGCAAGAAUUAAUACGCAUAAUCUCAGAGAUAAUAAAGCCAAGAAAAAAACUCAAAAAACUGCAAGGAAUGAUGAUGGAGACUUGCUCACCUUGGUGCCUGAUGAAACCUUGAAUAGAAAUCCAGGAAAUUCACAGAAUGCAGAAAAAAAUGAUUCUCCCUGGAAAACAGGCAAACUGGAAACAUGGUUCCGUGAACAAGAGGCUCGUGGGCAGCUACUGUGGGACAGUUCGAGCUCUGACUCAGACGAAUUGGACAAAGAUGAAAAACAACCACAAGCACUGGUAAGGACCAGAACAGAGAAGAUCCAACUUUUUGAUGAUUUCUAUGACAGAGACUAAGAAUGCUCUUAGCUAACCGAGGUCCAGAGCGUGUUGAAAAAU